AUGGACAGUCCAUGGGCAAUAAGGCGAAAGCCGAAGCAGGAAGGGAGAGGCGAAGAGGACAGGAAGCAGGAGAAGAAGAAGGAGAAGGAGAAGGAGAAGAAGGAGAAGGAGAAGAAGCAGGAGAUCGUGAACAAACAGGCCAAAAGUCUGUCGGAGGACACCAGUGUUGGUGGUAAGCGACCUCGAAUCGAGUACAAAGAAGGAUCGAGCAAGGACAAGGGUGCAGGAGAAAAGGAGGAGGACGGCAUGAACGGAAGUAAGAAGAAGAAGUCCAAGAUGGAGAAGAAGGCCACCAACGGCUCCAACGGCUCCGAGCAGUCUCCUGCUGGACGGAAGCAGCACCCCAUCGAAGAACCGGUGGCAAAGAAGCCAGACCCGCCACCGGCCCAAGUGUCGGAGGGUGUGGCGACGGGAGAAAAGUUCGAGGACGUGGAUCUCCCGAAGCCUCUGAGCAAUAAGACCAUGGAGGCGAUCCGGGCCCUUGGGUUCAGCAGGAUGACCCCUGUACAGCAGGCUACAAUACCCCUCCUCCUCACCAACAAGGACGUUGCUGUACAGGCGUGCACGGGGUCGGGCAAGACAGCCGCGUUCCUCAUCCCUGCGUUCGAGCUCCUGCUGCGGCUGGAGGAGAAGCUAAAGAUGCACGAGGUCGGGGCCCUGGUCAUCGCGCCGACCCGCGAACUUGCGAUGCAGAUUCUGAGCGUUGCGAAGUUGAUGUCGGCGUGCGUGCCGGAGAUCAGCGUCGCGAUCCUGACAGGAGGGAGCGACAACGAUGAGACGCUGCGGGUGUUCUUGGAGGAAGGAGGAAACAUCGUGAUCGGAACCCCUGGGAGGCUGCAACACACGCUGACGAAAGUGACGCAAUUCAACGUGAAGAAACUUGAGCUGUUGAUAUUGGACGAGGCAGACAGGCUGUUGGACAUGGGGUUUCAAGCUGCUCUUAACUCUAUUCUCGAGAAAUUGCCAAAACUUCGUCGCACCGGUCUCUUCUCUGCCACCAUGAACAACGAGGUGGCAGCGUUGGCUCGAGCAGGUUUACGAAACCCUCGGCAAAUUACUGUUACUGUACAUGGGAAGGCGAACAAACAGCAGUCAACGCCUGUGACGCUUUCAAACUUGUACACUGUCUGCUCCGAAUCCGAAAAACUUGAUGAGGUGGGGAGGACGGCGAGGUUCGGCAAGCAAGGAAGCUCGAUCCUCUUCCUCUCUCCCGCUGAAGAUUCAUACGUCGGGUUCCUCAAGCUCCGCAAGGUGCCGCUCAGCUUCUCUCCAACACAGUCCAAGGCAGAGGACGCGGAGGAGCUCAAAAAGCAGGUGCUUCUGUUGAGAUGA